GAAAUAGCGUUUAGUUAUUGAAAUCAAACGGAUCGCGUGAUUUGAACAACGCAGACGCACAAUAAUCCUCCUGCUCCAGUCAAUCUCUGUGGCGGCAGUGCAUCCAGCAGCAUCGUCAUGGGCCACACUUGCUUCUGGCUUAAAAUUGGGGCAAUUGCUGUGUUCUGCUUGCUGAACAUCUACUUGUUUGUGAUCUCGUGCGGCAUCAGCUAUCAGUAUGCCAUGGCCCAGGAGCAGAUUCGCUUCCGCGAGCAAAUGCCCACCAUGGACAGCUGGGUGAAUUCGCCCUUUGGCAAGCUGAAGAGCUACCUGUUCAAUGUGACCAAUGGCGCGGAGUUUUUGAGUGGACGCGAUUCCAAGAUCAAGCUGCAGCAGAUCGGGCCGAUUGUCUAUAAGAUCACCGGCUACAACAACGUCCUCAAUCGCACCGAGAGCAGCGUUACCUAUCGCAAGCAUCGCUAUCGCCACAUCGAGUUUGUGCCCGAGGAGAGCGUCUCCCCGGACAUACUCAACAAGACGAUUGUGCAGUUCAACAGCUUCCUCAUGGGCGCCGCCGCCAAGUACAGUCAGAUACCCUUCACCUCGAUGGGCUUCAAUGCAUUGACCCUGGGCGAGCAGGUGUUUAUGCCCGGCAGCGUUUACUAUUUCCUGUGGGAGUUCACGCGGCCCGCGCUGGAGCUUUUCGGCAAAAUGAUGCCGCUGGCCACCAACUGUGGCACGCUCUACAAUGCGCUCAAGGAAAAGAAGGAGGUAUACACGGUCAACAUUGGCAACGAGCCGGGCAUGGACAACUUCUUUCGCAUUCAGAAUCUGAAUGGCGAGCUGAAAAUAGAGGAGCGCGUGAAGGACAAUCCGAGAAACCUCGACGAGAGCUGCCCCAUCUACGUGGCGAACACGCUGGACAACUCCCUCUAUCCGCCCUUUCUGACACGGAAUGCAUCGCUGAACAUCUUGGCGACUGAGUCGUGCCGUGUGCUACCUUUGCGCUAUCAGCGAGAUCAGGUGCACGAUGGCAUGAAUGCGUAUCGCUUUGCGCUGCUGCAGGCCAACGAGACGGCGCCCACGUGCAUGGAUACCACCUACGGCGUGAAGCUGCCACGCGGCAUGUUCGACGUCUCCAAGUGUGUGAUAAAUGAUGCACCUUCGGCUUUCUCCAUGCCACAUUUCUAUGGCUCCAGCUACGAUUGGCGCCAGCACUUCGAGGGCCUCGAUCCGAAUGCCGAGCAGCACGAGCCUUUUGUGCUGCUGGAGCCCACCAUGGGCAUACCCAUCAAUGAGAAAUAUCGCUUUCAGUCCAAUACGCCGCUGCCGGACUUCAACAACUACAGCAACAAGUUGGCCAAGCUGAGCAACAUGAUUGUGCCCAUCUUUUGGUAUGAGUUCGACAUGGACCAUUUGCCGGGAUAUGUGCUCCACAUGAUGCGCUUCAAUGUCAACUGGUUGCCACGCUUGCAGCCGUAUCUGAUGGCUUUGCAGCUGCUCUGCGCACUGUGGUGUCUGCUCAGCUUGGCCAGACGCUGCAGCCGCAGUCACAGCUAUGGUCAGCUCUAUCGCAAGCUGUGCGGCGCACCUGACGUGCAGCUGGAGACGAUAUUGAAUCCGAAGCCGCAGCAUGAACCCAAGCUAAACACUGAGCUGGCUCUCAAAUAGACGCAUUUCCAUCAAUCUGUAUCUUAUAGAUACGUUUCCUUGCCUUAGCUUUAGUUGUAUUUAGAUUUAAGUUACGCGCAUCACCUCAUCACGGACUGCGCUUAUCAGCAGCGCCAAUUAACAAUAAUAAUGAUAAUGAUAAUGUUCAUAUACGUAAUUGCACACUAUGAAUUUGCCUCUCAUUU